CAUUCGACGCCGGUCAGCAGUCGAAGGAAAGGAAGACGCUCAGCAGUCGAAGGAAAGGAAGAGCUGCGUUGCGGCUGCAGCGGAGACUGAGCUGUCGCCAUGGGGGGAGGCGACCUGAAUCUUAAAAAAAGCUGGCACCCACAAACCCUCCGUAAUGUGGAAAAAGUUUGGAAAGCGGAACAAAAACAUGAAGCUGAACGGAAGAAAAUUGAAGAGCUACAACGGGAAUUGCAUGAAGAGCGAGCACGAGAAGAAAUGCAGCGUUAUGCAGAAGAUGUAGGAGCUGUCAAAAAAAAAGAUGAAAAGUUGGAAUGGAUGUAUCAAGGACCAGGUGGCAUGGUGAACAGAGAUGAAUACCUUAUGGGGCGCCCAGUUGACAAGUAUGUCUUCGAGACAACAGAGGACAAGGAGGCAGGCUGUUCUUCUGAGACUGGCCUUCUGCCAGGCUCUAUCUUUGCCUCCACAGGUGCCAAUUCUGCCUUGGAUAUGGCUAGCAAGAUUCGGGAAGACCCUCUUUUUAUGAUAAGGAAGAGGGAGGAAGAGAAGAAACGUGACGUUCUGAACAAUCCUGUAAAAAUGAAGAAGAUCAAAGAACUGUUGCAAAGCAGUUUGGAGAAGAAGAAGAAGAAAAAGAAAGAGAAGAAGAAGAAGAAGAAACACAAGAAACAUAGGCACCAUAAUUCCACUAGUGGUGAAGAUGAAGAGAUUAAAACAAAGUCACGGGAGAAAGUAGAACAUCUCCAUCCCAAAAGAUCAGGAUAUGGAUUGCAAGUUCGUGAUAGUGGCCAUGAAAGGAUGUUCCAACAUAGUUUACGAUCAGAGCAACAAAGCCAGUCUCCUGAAAGGCGUGUCAAUAGGAACACAAAUCACGAAUCAAGCAGGCAUAAGAGAUCAAGAUCACCUAGAGACAGUAAACAGGACAAUGGUAUGGAACAAAAAGCAAAAACAGAAUAUAAAAAUUUUCAUAAGGAGCACCAAUAUAGAAAACCCCAGACUUCAAGAAAAUUAUCUGCAGAAGAGCUGGAGAAAAGACGGAAAGAAAUGAUGGAGAAUGCCAAAUGGAGAGAAGAAGAAAGGAAAAACAAUGUGAACAAACAUAGAAAAGAAGAAGAAAAAGAGCAAGCUCUAGAAAAACUUCGCCAGUCCAAUGGGAAAUUUAUACAUAAUAUAAAAUUGGAAAGUGCAUCCACUUCCUCUCUUGAAGACAGGGUGAAGAGAAACAUUCACUCUAUCCAAAGGACGCCAGCAGCCCUAGAAAAAAACUUCAUGCAUCGAUGAAAUUGUUUUGUAUCCUAUCAUUGGCCCACUAAGGACUUGUUUUCGUUUUGUUUUUCUGUUUGUUUGUUUUUUCCUGAGGACCAACUGACCAUUCAGGAAACCUCCUUGGGCCUGGUUAUUUUUUCUUUGAUCUGGAUAGCACAAGAGAGUUCACUGUGAUAUUCCGUUACAAUGUUUUCCAAUUAAGGUAUUUUAACUAUGUACAGUUUGAGAUACUACUUGUAGGCCAAUUUGUUCUGCCUUUUUCUUUUAUAUUUUAUAAUAUAGUGCUAUAAAAAGAUUAUAAGAGUUUUGCUUCUCUUCCCACUGAAAGGAAAGAUGGAAUCAAAACAAGCAAUUCUGUUAUUUUUAGUGAUAUUACAAAGAGAAUAAUUAUUAUAGAAGUUUUCAUUGUUGAAUAAUAAUUCCUCUGCCUUUCAUCUUCUUAAAAUAUAAUAUAUUUGGGCUCAGGCUAACUGGGCUUACACUUCUGUUUUUCAGAAUUUCUUUCCUCUCCAGAAUGGUUCACAUCACUUUAUUUGAUGCAAGAUAUAUUGCUUGCUGUAGAAGAAAAUCCCUUUCCUAAAAGGAGAGAAUAUUUUUUUUUUCAUUUUUUUAAACUGGAGACAUGAACAUUUUGUUGCUUAAAAUUGCUUCUAUAACAAGCAAAGUUUCUUAAUAGGCAAAAGGGAACAGACAAAACUCUAGGACAGCGAUCUUUCAUAUAUUCUUUUGUGAUAUGUAAAUAUUCACCUUUGUAUGUCUACCCGGCAUUUAAUAUAUGUAUAUAUCUUUAUGUAUCUUUUUAGUAUUUUUGUGGUAUUUUUAAAUAGUAGUUAAAUAUAUGUAGUUUUUUACAUUCUGCAUUUUACAUUUACUGUACCUUGCAAGCUGCUCUGGGUACAGCUUGCAAGGUACAGUAAAAAUAUCAAUAUAUACAUUUAAAAAUUUAAAAACUAGUAGAUAAAUAAGGGCAUUAAAAGUCCUAGGAAAAUAUUAUAAACCUGGGCUCUCCAACCCCUGGGCCACAGCCUACUGCCAACCCUUGAGCCGCUCAGAACUGGGCCAUGUAAAUGGCAGGUGGGUGUACACAUGCGCAUCCCCAAUUGCAUGAGUAACAGGUGAAUGUGUGUGUAUGUGCCUGCCACUCACACAAAUGGAGAUGCACGUGUGUGUGCACUUGCCCACCACUCACACUGAAACAUCCCGUCUUCGCUGCCUCUAUCCCCACCCAUUGGUCCACAAAGCCAGGAAACUCUUUUAAACUAUAGUAAGGAAAUGACCUGUUUAAAUUUAGAUAGAAAUUUAUUGAUAAUAUAGACAUGCUCUGAAAAAAGUUGGGGGGGGGGUUGUUAAUCAACAACAAAUUGUUAAUAACAACUUCUUUGGAAGGAUUUGUAAAAGGUGCCUCUUUAAUGACUAACAGUGUGAUGCUGAAUGGAGUAAAAGGGCUUAAAAGAAGCAUGGGCCUAAGCUCUAUUAAGUUUUAAUACACAGUUGCAAGCAUCUUAAUCUGGGCAACCAGCAAAGUUGCUUUAGCGUGAGACUAAUGUAAAACUGAAGAAGAUCCCAUUAAUCACUCAUAAAAACAAUUCUAGAUCAGUUGUGGUUUGCAAACUUAAGUUUAAAGGCUGCAACACAAGGAAUACUUUGCAGUAGUCCUUGUAUGAGACUACUGGUACACAAUUCACCAAAGCAAACUCAUUCAUAUAGAGAUGAACCCCCUCCAUCAGCCAAAGCUGAUAAACAGCUUGUGCCAUUUCUGUUGCAUUGGAUUCAGGACAAUCAUAUAUAACAAACAUAUUUAAGAAGGGGGAGGGAAACCAGAUAUAGUCCCCAAAUCUUGAAAUAUACCUUCCAACUUUGAUUCAUUAUUUUACACCAAGUCCCUUACAACCUGAGAAUGUAUGGAGGCUGUGGUGACUUGAGUGCAGAAAAGGAGAAAUGUAAGCAUUAUUGGCCUAUGCUGCUAGCAUACAUUUAGUAAUUGUUUAACUACCACAAUUGGGGAAGCAAUUCCAUCUCUAAGGAAGACAUCAUUAAGCAAGACAUCACAUGAUUGUGGUAGACAUAGCAUAUCAUUUCUGCUGCAGUUGUUUUGCAAGACAUCAUAUACAAUCAUGUAAAGAAGUAUGCCCUCUUUGACUUCCGUGCUUUUAUGUAUCAGGGCAUUGUAAAAUUAUGUGUC